AUGAUUCAGAAGUACAAUAGUACGGUUGUUUUCAUACCAUCAGGUUUUAGUUUUCCGGGAAGGUUGUCCACACACUACAGAUGGGCAUAUCCAGCGGUCAGGAUCGAAGAUGAUCUACUAUUCUACGUUCCAUUAAGCCCAAAUCAUCUAUAUUUAAAUUGUUUACUUCAUGCGAAGCUGCAGUUCGAAGCCUCAACUAAAGCUAUUUAUAGAUUUUUUGGUUUACUAAUAAUGAUGAUGACGCCUCAUAAUCAGGAGUGUAAGGUAGAUUGGUAUGAUUGGUAUAAGGUAAAUAGACACUAUACCGCUUGCUAA